CAGUUUCUUCUCCAGAGCUGACCGUUGAAAACUCCCUCUACUUCUUCCAAUCCCGGAGCUCCCGAAGAUCUAGCCAUGGCGGGCCUCUUCACCUACUCCUUCGCCGGCGUCGGCUUCCUCGCCAUCGCCGCCCUCGAAUCUCUCUCCCCUUCCCUCCCCUCCACUGCCCGCCCCUCCCUCCUCUUCCUGCGCUUCUUCUCCACCGGCGUGCUCUCUCUCCUCUUCCUCGCCUACUCCUUCUUCUCCACCAUCUCUGCCCUCUUCUCCCACGACGACCCGAUCGGCGCCUCCCUCCCUCUCAGCACCCUCGCCGCAUCCUCUCUCUUCCUCCUCUACUCCCUCUGCGGCCUUCUCUCCCUCCGAUCCCUCCUCCCUGUUCCUCUUGAGCUCCUCGAUCUCCUCCUCCUCUUCGCCUUCUCCCAGGAACUCCUCCUCCUCCGCCUCGGACUCCGCAAAGACACCGACGGCCUCGAGCACCGCUACACCGAGCUCCUCCUCGUCCCCGUCCUCAUCUGCGCCAUCUGCACCCUCCUAUCCAUCGCCCGCCCUCGCCACGCCAGCCCUCGCUUCAUCCGCGCCGCCGCCCUCGCUCUCCACGGCACUUGGCUAAUCCAGAUGGGGUUCUCCUUCUUCUCCAGCGCCAUGGCCCAUGGCUGCAAUCUCCAAACUCGCAGCCGCACUAACUUCACUAUCCAAUGCCCCGGCCAUGCGGAAUCUCAUCGAGCCAGCGCCAUCGCCACUCUCCAGUUCAAUUGCCACCUUGCCUUCCUAAUCGUCAUCUCCUCUGCGGUCUACUCGGUUAUCUCCGGCGGAAAGAGGCUCAAUGGGUCCAGAGGGUACAGACCUCUGAAUAAGGAAUUGCAGAGGUUGAACCAUGUUUCUCCUUCCCGAUUCACUUUGCUUGAUGAUGAGGUGACGGAGGAGAUUGCCGUGAUGAGCGAUGCCAAUGGGCAUGAUGUUGUGCUGCCUGUGCAUGAGGCGAAUGGUUUCCAUGAUUCUCACUGAUAAGUUGAAUGUGAUCUGAUUUGAAUUCUUUAAGCCAAAAUACAUAGACAUGAAAAUCGUCCAAAAUUUGUGGGUCAGCUUCUUGAUGUAAUAGUUGAGUCAGGUGGCUAAACAGACUCGUUGUAAACUUGUAAUGGUGGGGAGAUGAAACUCCUCAGUUAAGCUUUUAAAGCAUCAUUGGCGGCUGGUUAAGGGUUACAUACAAACUAACCUAGGGCAAAGUUCAGAUCUUUCAUUCUUAAUCUUGUUUAUCCUGUGUGGUUCAGUUCUUUGCAAAUCUGGAAUAAGCAUGUAUUGGGUUUGGAACUUAUUCUAAAUCCGAGUGUUAAUCACCAAUAGUAAUCUAAUGUUUCUUUGCACCUGUGAUUUCUUUUGGCAUUAGUUCAAGUAUUUUUGUAUCUAAUGUGUUGAAUCUUUGAUAUAUCAUUUUUGCAUUUAGCAAUUGUCAUGAAAUUAUCAUGAAAUUAAUAUGGAUCUGAAAUAGUUGAAUUUGGAAGUUUUAAUGUACGACUCCUGUGUUGAUGGGUUGUUUUGAGGUUAUUGUGAUCCGUUUUAGUGGUUGCUUGUUUGUGUGUACUGAAAUUUUUUUUUUCUUUUUGAAGAGGAUAUUUUUUGCAUUUAAUAAUAUAUGCUGUUUAUUUAGCUUUCGUCAUUGAGCAUUGUGCUUCUUUAUUAUUAUCUGUUUAAAAGCAUUAGCAUGGUCUGUAACUAACGAUGUCA